AUUGAAUUCGUUGGUUCAAUUGAUGGGAAGUGUGUAGGAUGUAAAAGUAAUUAAUCCCACAACCGUAGUCAUAAUAUUUAUCCGAGGUGUUCAAGUAAAAAUGUCUAGAUAUUAUACGCGGGCCGAAUUGAAGAAAAAAGUUGAGCAGAUAUGGAAAGACCAGCCGGAGCGUUUCGCGGGAUACAAGUUUAUCGAUGCGACCGGUUCGUACAGCGUUACAUUUGAGUGCGAUCGUGGGCAUGUAUCGACGAAACGAAUGCAAUUGUUGAAGGAUGGUAGAAGAUGCUACCAGUGCCAUGGAGCUGUUAAACAUAAUGCCGACGACAUUGAAGAAAGAAUUUUGACGAACUGGCAGAGUAAUCCGAAAUUCCUGGGCUAUGAGCUUCGCCGUGUAUUUUUUUCCGAGCAAAGAUGGCGGUAUGAGUACAAGUGCGCUGCUGGUCACAUCAGAGAAGUUAUUUUAUGUGGUGUUCCUGGCACAACUCUCUUCGGAUGCAGCCAUACCACUCAUCCGUCGUACCAAACGAAACCAAAGAGCGAAUACAGACAAGCGAUUUUGGAUUACUGGAACGGAGCUGACAAGCACAUAUGGCAGGGAUACAGCCUGGUAAAGCUUGGUCUGUACACGCAGGUGACCACUGAAAUCCGAUGUGCACAAGGGCACAUAGCAAAAGUGGCACCACAUCGAAUUUUGCAGUACAAAGCUGGCUGCAGCCACAGAGAUUGCACGGCACUUCGGCGUUUUCAAAGAGGGACGAAUUAUAAGUAUUUGGUGUAUGCGGGAAAGAAAUACAAGUACCAGGGAUACGAGGACCGUUUGUUACGCGUGUUGUUUAAGAGAUUUAUAUCUGACACAAUUGAUACGAACGCCAUGCUGUCGCAACCAAUAUCUUUUAAAUACAUGGUCGAUGAUGGAAUUCAUCAUUAUUUUCCGGACAUAAGAGUCAAGACCCCUGCAUACCAACGCUGGUACGAGGUAAAGUCUCAAUUUACCUAUGACUACAACGGUUUGGAUGACGAUCUUCGAAACCAAAAUCAUUCGAAUAGAAGUGGAGAGCGACAGCUAGGAAAUCAGGUGAGACAUUUGACGCGUUUAUUUGGGGGCAUGACCUGAACGAUUUUCGAAUAAUUCGGUAUUAUUCAACGGGUGAAUUUCGGACGUUUGAUAGCCUGAAGGAUGACGACAUGGCCGAAGAGGUUAUUUCUAUUAAUUGAACUCAUUUUCAUUAUUUUUGAAUCACUUCUGACACAUCUGACAUGACCAAAACGGGUCAUUAAUGUUAAUUGAACUCAUUUUCAUUGUCAAAUCACUGGCCGAACAGGCCAUUAAUAUUAAUUGAACUCAUUUUCAUUAUUUUCGAAUCACUUCUGACACAUCUGACAUGACCAAAACGGGUCAUUAAUGUUAAUUGAACUCAUUUUUUGUCUUUUCAAAUCGUAAUCAUGAAUUGUGUAUCAAAAUGUUGUAUUGACAGAACAAUUUUCAAUAAA